CUGCAGCCUGGGCCGAGCCGGCGGCCUCCAGAGGACGAGAAAGAGGUGAUCCGCCGGGCCAUCCAGAAGGAGCUGAAGAUCAAGGAGGGUGUGGAGAAUUUGCGGCGCGUGGCCACGGACCGCCGCCACCUGGGCCACGUGCAGCAGCUACUGCGGUCCUCCAACCGUCGCCUGGAGCAGCUGCAUGGUGAACUGCAGGCGCUGCACGCCCGCAUCCUGCUGCCUGACCCCGGGCCUGGCCCUGCCGAGCCUGUGGCCUCGGGACCUCGAUCGUGGGCAGAGCAGCCGAGGGCUCGGCACUUGGAGGCCCUACGGAGGCAGCUGCAGGUGGAGCUGAAGGUGAAGCAGGGGGCCGAGAAUAUGACCCACACGUGCGCCAGUGGGACCCCCAAGGAGAGGAAGCUCCUGGCAGCCGCCCAGCAGAUGCUGCGGGAUAGCCAGCUGAAGGUUGCCCUGCUGCGGAUGAAGAUCAGUGGUCUAGAAGCCAGUGGGUCCCCCCAGCCAGGGCCUGAGCUGCUAGUUGAGGAGCUGCAGCACCGAUGGCGUGUGGAGGCUGCCGUGGCUGAGGGCGCCAAGACCGUGGUGAAGCUGCUCGGGGGCCGGAGGGCGCAGGACCGCAAGGCGCUGGCUGAGGCGCAGACCCAACUCCAGGAGUCCUCUCAGAAGUUGGACCUCCUGCGGCUGGCCUUGGAGCAGCUGCUGGAGGACCUGCCUCCCGCCCACCCUCUGCGCAGCAGGGUGGCCCAAGAGCUGCGGGCUGCGGUGCCUGGGAACCCCCGGCCUUCAGGGACGCUGGUGAAGCCCACCGCCCUGACAGGUAGCCGGCAGUCUCUCCCAU